AUAGAUGGAUGGAAGUGUCAUCAAUCCAGUCUUUACUACUUUUCCUCUGAGACGAAGAACUGGAAUGAGAGCAGAAGAUACUGUAGAGAGAGAGCAGCAGAUCUGAUCAUCAUCAACAACAGAGAGGAACAAGAUUUUGUGAAGAAUAUUUGUGGUUCUGAUCAUUUCUGGAUUGGUCUGACUGAUGUUGAAGAGGAGGGCACAUGGAAAUGGGUUGAUGGCAGCACACUGACCUCUGAGUUCUGGGCGUCUGGAGAACCAAACAAUCAGGGAACAGAUGAACCAAACGACUAUCAGGGAAAUGAAGACUGUGCUAACACUCAUUCAUCAGGAUGGUUUGAUUCUCCAUGUGAUAAUAGUGUUAAAUGGAUCUGUGAGAAGAGUAUCCUUAAAUGA